AUGCGAACCAAAUGCUGGGGUGCAUUUUCUCUUUCAAUUUCUUUCGUAAUUUCCCUACUUCUUUCUUGUUUUUUUCCUUCCUUCCUUCCUUCCUUCCUUUCAUUCUUCCUUCUUCCACAAUUCCUUUUUUUUUGUAAUCUCCUCCUUCUCCUUUUCUUCUUUCAUUCUUUCUAUCCUUUCCUUUCCCCCUCUCUUCGUUCCUUACUUUUGGCUAUUUUUUUCUUCAAUUCUUCCAUUCUUUCACGAUUUCUAAUGUUCUUUCAUUUUUCUUUCUUUUGUAAUUUUGCUUCUUCUAUUUUCAUUUUUUUCCCUACUUCCUUGCCUUCUUCCCUUCUUACCAUUUUUUUCAAGUUUUUUUUUAUUCUUUCACUAUUUCUAGAAUUAAUUCUAUCAAUAUUUCUAUUAUUUUUCAUUUCUAAAAUUUCUUCUUCCAUGUUUACAGCUUUUGUAAUUUCUUCUUCCUUCACCCGUCUUUUAUUUUACUUCUUUAUUCAUUUUCCCCCUUCUCUUUCUUUCUGCUUUCUUUCAAUUUUCAUGAAUUGCUUUAUUCUUUCACCAUUUAUUAACUUUCUUCUUCAAUUUUUCUUCUUUCUUAAUUUCCCUCCUUCAAUUUUUCUUCUUUCUUAA